GCUACCGGGCGACUGGCGAAGCCGACUGUCCCUUUGCAAGACUAUCCUCGGGCCGACUGGCGACGCCGAGCUGAAGGUGGACGAUCUGGACACCCUCUUCGCUAUCGAGGCCCAGGCCAUGCUGAAAGCGAGGGCUCUUCUCGGGAUUGACGCUGACGACUCCGCCAGCGAGCCCGAGGAGCAGGACCCAGAGGAGCAGAUCACCCUGCUCGAAGCGAGGGCACUUCUUGGUAUUGACGCUGACGACUCUGCCAGCGAAGCCGAGGAGCAGGACCCAGUGGAGGAAGACGACGACCUCUUCGCGGCCAAGCUGGCCGAAGCGAGGGCACUUCUUGGCAUUGACGCUGAUUACUCCGCCAGCGAAGCCGAGGAUCAGGACGACGACGUCGAUGCCGACGCGGCAUAUGAGGCCGCACUGGCCGAAGCGAGAGUUCUUUUCGAGCUCGACGACGACCUCUUCGCGGCCAAGCUGACCGACGACGAGUCCCACGAGGUCGCUGUCGAGAACGGCGACGGCGCCCGGAAGGUCCCCGUGAGAGUGGCGUGGGCCGACCUCGAGGAUUCCCCGAGCGAGUAUGACGAGGAGUGGGAGCAGGUGCACGCGCGCGAUUGGGCGAAGGUGGCCACCACGAGCCACCUUCCAGCGGCGAAGGCAGCCGACCCUCCGGAGCAAAGCCGGUGCCCCGCCACACGGCGUACACAGCGGCCGCGGCGCCGGCGCCGAGCUGGCGCCCAGCCCGCAUCGUGACGGUCACGCCGGGAGAGUUUGGCGGCCACGUUACCAGCUCUCCUGAGGCGCAUCAAGUGGCUGCCCCCUGAGCGGGGCGCCUGGCCCCCCGUUCCCUGGCGGAUCAAGGGUUGGGGCUGCAUCGAACGACGUCUCACUUCCAAGGCCGCCCCGUGCGGGGCUAAGAUUGUUUGAGAUCGACGCUUUCCAUCGGCUUCUCGUUCGACGAGCGGGUGGAUUUCCUUUUACGUUUCACGUCUGGUCCGACGCUUUGUCGAGGACCCACUUACGCAUGGAGAACGGGGCGGCCCCCCGAUAGCUCCAUUUUCACGCAGGGUCAUCGAGGUGGACCUCGGUUUGGACCUUCUUCUAGCACCACUCCAGAGUUAGGGU